AUGGUGUCUUCUACUGCAUCUUCAUCCCCACAGCCGGACGGGUACCUCAAUGGAGCCAACACCCUACCCGUGCGCCCAGGCCCCAAGCUCUACGGCAGCAAUGAUGGCGCUCAGUCUGGCGCUGGAACUCCCAUUGGAUUCCAGAGACAUCCUCACAACAAGUUCCUUGAGAAUGUAGCCGGAUCGAAUGUGCGCCAACCGUCACCUCAACCCACUCACCUGGCUUCCCCGGCGGUGGCAUGCACCGAAUCUUGUCAGAGGAGGACCCAGGCUAUAUUGCCGCCAAGUUCGAAGGGAAAGAGAAGCAGAUGGAACAGGGUAAUUAUGGACCAGCUGGAGAGCAAAGGCUUUAUUCCCACGGAAUUCGUCGCUGGAGAAGCCGAAUGGUUUUACAAUCAACUUGGGAUUGAUGAUACAUAUUUCCAAACCGAGACUGUUGAUGCUAUCGUUACGCAGAUCCUUUCUCUCUAUGCGGCCAAGGUUGCAGCGUACGCUCGUGAUGAUAAAAAACUCGAGAUCCGUUUAGAUAAGGAAGCUGAGGAUCAUGCGGUCUACAUCGACACAAGCAAGCCCGGCAUCACGUCGGUCGAUGGCCCCCGGUAUGAGCAAAGAAUCGAAAAGAAAUAUGUAAAUUGCUCCACACCUGGCAACAGCUAUCGGGUCGAGACAUUCCGUUCGCCAACCUCAAUUCCCGGGGACGAUGGCCAACAGCUCCGGUGCUACUUUGUUUACAAGUGCCAGUUCGUCAACCCUAACCCGGGUCCGAACGAAACGAACAUCGAUAUAAUCGGCGAAAAGAGAUUCUUGCAAAAGGCAACGGAGAACACGAAGGCCAUCUAUCAAGAGAUUAUCACGAAUGCCGUUAAUCGAUCUGGUCCUGUCAUUGAGAUGUUUGAGAUCGAGAAGAGCCGCGAAAAAAGACUGGUCAUCGCUUAUCGUCAGGGCUCUGCUAUGGGUCUAUUCAGUGCGCUCUCUGAUCUAUACCAUUACUACCGUCUGACAAGCUCUCGUAAAUACCUGGAGAACUUUUCUAACGGCAUCACGGUCAUAUCUCUCUACCUUCGCCCUCUGAAAGAUGCUGAAAUUGCCGCCAAGUAUCCCCCUAUUGAGGCAGCCGUUCACCAGAUCAUCAAAGAGGUCUCUCUACUCUACUGCAUCCCCCAGAAUAGAUUCCAACAUCACUUUGCGGUCGGUCGUCUUAGCUUGCAGGAGACCAUCUAUGCCCAUUGUGCUUGGGUCUUCGUCCAACAGUUCCUAAAUCGCUUGGGCUCUGAGUACACCUCUCUGACCGAUGUUCUGGACUCCAAUAAUAGUGUCCACGCAGAGCUGUUAGCCAAGAUCAAGAAGAGGUUGCGUACCGAGACUUUCACAUCCGACUAUAUCUCGGAGAUAGUUAACAAGUACCCGGAACUCAUCCACAAGCUCUACCUGGAUUUUGCCAACACUCACUACGUUCAAACCCGUGGUCCUGCCGAGGAUGAUUUUCUUCCAACCCUGAGCUAUUUGCGCCUCCAGGUUGACGAAGUCCUCGAUGGUGCGAAGCUGAAACAACUCAUCUCAAGUACUGUGGCCAAUGAACACGACGAGAUGGUCAUGAGCGCCUUCCGCGUGUUCAACGCCGCCAUCUUAAAGACCAACUUCUUCACUCCUACAAAGGUGGCCCUUAGUUUCCGACUCAACCCAGAUUUCCUUCCGGAGCACGAGUACCCUCAGCGUCUCUACGGCAUGUUCCUAGUUAUUAGCUCAGAGUUCCGAGGUUUCCAUCUACGAUUCCGUGAUAUUGCUCGUGGUGGCAUUCGUAUCGUCAAGAGCAGGAACAAAGAAGCCUACAGCAUUAACGCUCGCGCACUGUUCGAUGAGAAUUAUAAUCUAGCCAACACCCAACAGCGCAAGAAUAAAGACAUCCCCGAAGGUGGUGCAAAGGGUGUGAUACUUUUAGACGUAAGCCAUCAGGACAAAGCAGCUGUCGCUUUUGAGAAAUACAUUGACAGCAUUCUCGAUCUCCUGCUGCCUCCUGUCAGUCCAGGCAUCAAAGACCCUAUUGUCGACUUGCAUGGAAAAGAUGAGAUCCUUUUUAUGGGACCCGAUGAGAACACGGCCGAGUUGGUGGACUGGGCUACCGAGCAUGCAAGAAAUCGUGGAGCUCCCUGGUGGAAGUCAUUCUUUACAGGCAAGAGUCCCAAGUUGGGUGGUAUCCCGCAUGAUACUUACGGUAUGACGACCUUGUCUGUCCGCCAAUAUGUUCUUGGGAUCUACAGGAAGUUGAAAAUCGACCCAUCCACCGUUCGUAAGCUGCAAACCGGUGGCCCCGACGGUGACCUGGGAUCAAAUGAGAUUCUUCUGGCCAACGAGAAAUACACCGCUAUCGUUGAUGGUUCCGGUGUUAUUGUCGAUCCAAAUGGUCUGGACCAUGAGGAGCUGGUCCGGCUUGCCAAGAAGCGCGUGACUAUCUCCGAAUAUAACUUGUCGAAACUCUCACCGGAGGGCUACCGCGUUCUGGUGGAUGAGAGCAACGUAAAAUUGCCGAAUGGCGAGUUCAUCCACAACGGGAUGAUCUUCCGCAAUACUUUCCAUUUGCGCCGAGAACUACCUUACGAUGUCUUUGUCCCUUGUGGUGGACGACCGGAGUCCAUUGAUCUUUCCACGGUUGCAAAGCUUAUCCACAACGGCAAAUCCAGCAUCCCCUACAUUGUCGAGGGUGCUAACUUAUUCAUCACACAAGACAGUAAACUCCGGCUCGAAAGGUCCGGUUGUAUACUGUUCAAGGAUGCAUCGGCAAAUAAGGGUGGUGUGACUUCGUCGUCACUAGAGGUCCUUGCGUCGUUGUCCUUCAACGACGAGGAGUUCGUCGAAAACAUGUGUGUUCGUGAAGAUGGCAGUGUUCCCACAUUCUACCAGGAUUAUGUCAAACAGGUCCAGGAGGUCAUCAAGCAGAAUGCUACUCUUGAGUUCGAGGCCAUCUGGCGUGAACAUGAGCAAACUGGCCUUCUCCGCAGCGUCCUUAGUGAUCGCCUCAGUCUGGCUAUUACCAAGCUUGAUGAGGAGCUACAAAAGACUGAGUUGUGGGACAAUGUUGAACUCCGCCGCUCGGUUCUUGAUGACGCUUUGCCCAAGCUCCUUUUGAACAAGAUUGGCCUCGAUACAAUCCUGCAACGGGUUCCUGAGAACUACCUCCGAGCCAUCUUUGGCAGCUACCUCGCAAGUCGGUUUGUGUACGAGUAUGGCAGCAACCCUAGCCAGUUCUCCUUCUUUGACUUCAUGACCAAGCGACUUUCCAAGGCUAUGGCGUAA